UUCACCAUUUCCAGAAUGACGAAGCUGUUGUGGGUUGUGUGUCUGCAGCUUUGGUGUCUACAUGGUGGUGGGAGCAACUGGGCUAAUGGACAGGAGGAUUUUAUGCUUCUUGCAGGUCCUCUGAUAGAGCAGGUGUCACCAGGCACAGGCAGAGGGGGGAGUGAUGCCUUUGACUGCAGUCGUCCUAUACCUUCUGGCUCUAAACAGUACUUUGAGUACCUCCAGAGCAGAGGGGUGACCCAUUUCAAAGUGCCACUGUCAUGGACUCAACUUCUUCCCAUGGGCGUCUCCAGUCAACCCCAACAGGAUGUGGUGAGGUGUUACCGGACCCUGCUGGAGCAGCUGCUGCACGUGGGCCUUCAGCCUCUUAUCAUCCUCCACAGAUCAGCAGUUUCAGACUCUCUGAGAUCACGGUAUGGAGGCUGGGAGAGUCAGGAGCUUGUAAAGGUGUUUCAGCAGUAUGCUGAGUUUUCCUUCCAGGAGUUUGGAGCACUGGCACAGACAUGGGUGACACUGAGUCACCUGGAUGACAUUUGGCUUGAUGGGGAGCCUGCCGAUGCUCCCCGUCUUCUGCAAAACAUCCUCCAGCUCAACAAGAACCUUCACCGGAUCUACCAUCAACACUUUCCUGACAAAGGAAGACGUCUGUCAGUUGGGUUGAAAGCUACAGAUGUGACGAUACUUUCACAUAUUAAAGCCUCAACAAAUGUGGAUUUCUUGGCAGUACACUUUGAAUAUAACUGUGCCUCAACUGGAAACUUUGUCCAGGAGUUGAGCACCUUGCAGAUAUCCAGUGGGAACUUACCCAUCCUCAUGUACAACAUAAAUGAUCAUAAUUGUUCCCACAGUCAGCACCAGCUUCUUGGAGAUUUACUGCAUGUCCUACAGAACAAUGCCUUAAAUAUUGUGGGAUUUGACAUGAAGGACGUAUUAGGCAAGCUGGACAUGAAGGAUGCUCCAAUCAGCCAUGGUAGUCCAGAUUACAUCAGCAUGACAGCUUUCAAGAACAGCUAUCAGAAUGUCUGGGAUAAGUUUGAGGACCAAACCACAACAGAGCGGGAUCGUUUCCUCACAGAAUCUUUCCCCUCCGACUUCAAAUGGGCCACCUCAACUGAGUCUUUCAAGGUGGAAGGCGGAUGGACGGAGGGCAUGAAAGGAGAGACCAUUUGGGAUCGCUUUGGUCAUGAAGGCUUAGCCUUUGCAAAUCAAACAGCUGAUCUUGCUUGUGAUAGUUACAACAAGGUGGAUUACGAUGUCUACCUUCUGAGAGGACUUCAAGUCAGCACCUACCAGUUUUCCAUCUCCUGGGCUCGUAUGUUUCCCUCAGGUCACAGAGACAGUCAAUCAGAGAAAGGUGCUGUCUACUAUGACAAGCUGAUCAAUAGUCUCAUUGACUCUGGCAUACAACCUGUUAUCACUCUCUACCACUGGGAUCUGCCCCAAGCUCUCCAAAAUGACGGUGGAUGGACCAACACUUCCAUUGUGGAACAUUUCAAAGACUAUGCAGACUUUUGCUUUGCCAGGUUUGGGGACAGGGUCAAAACCUGGAACACAUUCAGUAGCCCCUGGGUGGUGAGCCAUGCUGGGUAUGGCACCGGCGAGCAUCCUCCUGGAGUAAAGGACUAUGUCAGUUCUUCCUAUGAGGUUACUCAUAAUAUUAUCAAGUCCCAUGCCGAGGCUUGGCACGUCUACAACAACAAGUACAGGAAGACACAGGGAGGGAAAGUGGGCAUUGCUUUAAAUUCUGACUGGGCAUUACCUAUGAACUCAUCCAAAUCUGAAGACGUCGCAGCUGCAGAUCGCUACCUGCAAUUCAUGUUGGGCUGGUUUGCGCACCCCAUAUUUGUAGAUGGAGAUUAUCCUGCUGCACUUAAAACUCAGAUUGAAAAGAAAAGAAAUAAGUGUCCAGACUCUGUGCCAGCAAUUCUUCCAGCUUUCAGUCCUGAGGAGAAGCAGAGGAUAGUUGGAACUGCUGACUUUUUUGGUUUGAACCACUAUACUUCCCGUUUGGUCAACAGCAGUGAAGGUGGGUGCAACCCUGGUCCUGAAGGUGUGGGAGACUUCCAGACAGAUGUGGACCCCACAUGGUCUCCGACAGCCUCUCACUGGAUCUAUUCUUUACCGUGGGGACUGCGAAGGCUUCUAAACUACAUUUCAACUGAAUACUUGAAUGUUACCAAAGUGCCUAUCUACAUAACUGGGAAUGGGAUGCCAACAGAGUACAGUGGGGAUAACCUAAACGACACCAGCAGAGUGGAGUACAUGAGGAGCUAUAUCAAUGAAGCCCUAAAAGCAAUAAUCUCAGAUGGAGUAGAUGUGAAGAGAUUCACAGUCCAAUCACUCAUGGAUGGAUUUGAGGGAAAGCAAGGCUACAGCCAAAGAUUUGGUCUUCAUUAUGUUAACUUUGAGGAUGGUAAUAGAGCAAGAACCCCGAAACUGUCUGCAUAUUUUUUCUCUCAACUUAUCAAGCAAAAUGGUUUUCUAUCAAGCAGAAAUUAUGCUUUGAAAGGCUUAGAAAUACCAGUUAAGCGACGUUUAACCACUCUGCCACCCUCUGAGGUUCCAUCUAAAUCAAAGGUAAUCUGGGACAAAUUCUCUCACCAGUCAAAAUUAGAGAGAAAGAUGUACCACUACGGCACUUUCCCACAAGAAUUCAGCUGGGGCGUUUCCUCUUCAUCUUACCAGAUUGAAGGAGGCUGGAAUGCUGAUGGUAAGGGACCCAGCAUCUGGGAUAACUUCACUCAAAAUGGCAAUAUUCCUGAUAAUGCUAAUGGAAAUAUAGCUUGUGACAGUUACAACAGACUUGAUGAGGACUUCUACAUGCUGCGAGCUCUAAAGGUGAAGUCGUACAGGUUUUCCUUGUCCUGGUCCAGGAUAUUCCCAGAUGGUAGACGUACUUCCCUUAACCAGAAGGGUGUUGAUUAUUACAAUAGACUUAUUGAUGGCCUCUUGGCACAUAAUAUAACCCCUAUGGUGACACUGUAUCACUGGGACCUUCCUCAGGCUUUGCAAAACAUUGGUGGUUGGGACAAUGUAGAGAUGAUUAAUAUUUUUAAUGACUUUUGUGACUUCUGUUUUGCCACCUUUGGCAACAGAGUGAAAUUCUGGGUGACCUUCAAUCAGCCUCAAACAAUUGCUUGGUUAGGAUACGGACUUGGGCAGAUGCCACCAAAUGACAAAAAGAAUCCAGGAACUGCACCAUAUAAAGUUGCACACAACUUAAUAAAAGCUCAUGCCAAGGCCUAUCAUACAUAUAAUGACAAUUAUCGGAACUCCCAAGGUGGUCUAGUAUCCAUAGCCCUCAAUGCCGACUGGGUUGAACCUAAGAACGUUAAUGUUUACCGGGAGGUUUUGGCUGCCGACCGUGCAAUGCAGUUCCAACUGGGUUGGUUUGCUCAUCCUAUUUUCAAGAAUGGUGAUUAUCCAGAUGCAAUGAAAUGGCAAGUUGGAAACAAAAGUGAACUCCAAGGUCUUCCAGAGUCAAGACUCCCUUCCUUCACUGAAGAGGAGAAGAAUGUCAUCAAGGGAACUGCAGACAUAUUCUGCGUAAAUCAUUACACCACAAAGAUAGUAAGCCAUGUUACAGGCCGGCUUUUUCCAAAGUCCUAUCAAUAUGACUGGGACUUUUCAGAAUCUGACGAAGUUGAUUCACCAACCACUGCCAUCAAAAACCAAAGAGCUGUAGCAUGGGGCUUGAGAAGACUCCUCAACUGGAUCAAGGAGGAAUAUGGAGAUCCUGAUAUUUACAUCACUGAGAACGGAGUGGCUACAGAAGUAAAGACAACUUUGGAUGACACUGCCAGAGUGUUUUUUUACAAAACCUAUAUUGACGAGGCUCUCAAAGCCUAUGAACUUGAUGGAGCAAAGGUAAAAGCCUUCAUAGCUACAUCUCUCAUGGAUUCUUUUGAGUGGUUAAAUGGCAACAAAGUUGGGUUUGGCCUGCACCAUGUGGACUUCACUAACCCAAACCGACCAAGAACACCCAAGUAUUCUGCUCAUUUUUACUACCAAGUCAUGAAGGAUAAUGGUUUCCCCAUAACAGAAGAUGAGAAGAUGUUGUAUGGACACUUCCAAAAGGAGUUCAUUUGGAGUACUGCAACAGCAUCAUACCAGAUUGAAGGGGGAUGGAGAGCAGAUGGGAAAGGUCUCAGCAUCUGGGAUACCUUUGCUCACACUCCCCUCAAAAUCUCUGAUGAUGAUAAUGGGGAUAUAGCUUGUGACAGUUACAAUAAAGUAGAUGAGGAUGUAGCUAUGCUGAAACAGCUUAAGGUGACCCACUAUCGUUUCUCCAUAUCGUGGACGCGAGUGCUUCCUGAUGGUACCACCAGUUACAUUAAUGAGGCUGGACUAAGGUACUACCACAGACUGGUGGAUGCUCUGCUUGCUGCAAACAUCGAGCCUCAUGUCACUAUGUACCAUUGGGACCUUCCUCAAGCUCUGCAGGAUAAUGGAGGCUGGAAGAAUGAGACUAUUGUUGACAAAUUCAGGGAAUAUGCUGAUGUCAUCUUUAGUCGUUUUGGCCAAAAAGUGAAAUUUUGGAUCACCAUCAAUGAGCCAUACAAUAUAGCCAUGGUAGGCCAUGGCUAUGGAGUAGCUGCCCCAGGGAUCAGUUUGCAACCAGGCACCUUACCUUAUAUUGUUGGUCACAACCUCCUUAAAGCUCAUGCUGAAGUCUGGCACCUCUAUAAUGACAAAUAUCGGGCUGAACAAAAAGGAAUGAUCUCUAUCACUAUUAACUCUGACUGGUCAGAACCCAGAAACCCUUAUAAACAAGAGGACAUUGAUGCUGCCAGACGUGUGGUGCAGUUCUACAUUGGCUGGUUUGCUCAUCCCAUAUUUAAUGGUGAUUACAAUGAUGUGAUGAAGACAAUCAUUCGAGAGCGAAGUCUUGCGGCUGGUUUACCCAAAUCUCGGCUGCCUGAGUUUACUCCUGAUGAGAUUAAGAGAAUUAAAGGCACCUAUGAUUAUUUUGGAUUCAAUCAUUACACGACUGUUCUGGCAUACCCUGUAGACUACAGAAACCUCCAGCAUUAUGAUGCAGACCGGGGAGCAGGGACAGUUGUUGAUCGUACCUGGCUGGACUCAGGUUCUGGCUGGCUGAAGAUGACACCAUUUGGAAUGCGCCGAAUACUGAACUUCAUUAAGGAGGAGUAUGGAAAUCCCCCAAUCAUCAUCACUGAGAAUGGUGUCUCAGAGCGAGGACCUGUUGAUCUGAAUGAUACACACAGAGUUUACUUCUAUGAAAAAUACAUCAACCAAGUGCUGAAAGCUUACCUACUUGAUGGCGUGGACAUCCGUGGCUACACAGCUUGGUCACUGAUGGACAACUUGGAGUGGGCCACUGGAUUUGCAGAGAGAUUUGGCCUUUUCUAUGUUAAUCGCUCAGACCCUAAACUACCUCGGGUUGCCAGAGCCUCUGUGUCCUUGUACUCUACCGUUAUCAACUGCAACGGAUUCCCUGACCCUGCAUUAGGACCCAAUGAUUGUGUGAACCCCACUCCUGAAGGAACAAGUGUGCCAGUUACUGACAACCCUGUGAGGUUCCUGGGUAUGAGGCUGUCGACCAGUGAAGCUGAGACGGGACUGAACACCACAUUUUCUCUGCUGAUUGUUGCAGCGUGCGGAGCAGUUUGUUUAUCUAUUUGCUUCAUUGCAAAAAGAGUGCGUUCUAAGAAAAGUCACCAUAGUGACACAGUUGAAAUGGAGAGAAAAUUCUAGUUUCAUGAGCACAUAAACAUUUAACUGUACCCGCUGACUCUAAAUCCUUCACAAAAUACCAUCUCCCAUAAACAGGGUGAACAUCUUCACAACAUUGUUACCGCUGUUGGAGUUUUUAAAAAUCCAUUACAUGAUAAAAUUCUUUAUGCAACUAUAAUAAAAAUAUCCGUAAAAAUCUACUUUGAUAAAACUGUGUCAAAUGUUUUACUGCAUUCAAAGUAUACCAUCAGUAUCAUUUGAUGACAUUAUGAUUGAUAAUAACAAAUCAUAUCCUAUCAACGUAACCUACCGGAUUUGAACUUGGGAAGGCUAAGCCUUGCUGCCGAGCCUGGAUAUUCGUCUCCACUGUUCAUGCGAUCUGCAAGAUACGCCACUAGGGAGCACUGCAGGACUAAACGGAGCCUUUUGUUCAGAAAGGCGAUGAAAACCACUCACCUAUGCCUCUCACUUAAAGUUAUCAAUAUAUGAACCAAUGAAGAAAACAGUUACAGUAUUCAACUCAUUUGAUCAUUUGUAACUAUAUUAACAAGUUUUAAUCAUGUUGACACGGUAGAAAUUGAGAGAAAAUGCUAAUUGUACAAUAGUUAGUAAUGUAGUGAUGAAUCUUGAACCUUGUUUGGAACACCAUUGAAAUAGUGGUUUGUGAAAAUAUUAAACCUCUUUUUGAAUUUUU